AUGAAUUUACACGGCACCAUUUCUCCUCUCCUCGGAAAUCUCUCCUCUUUUCGAUCCAUCGAUCUCUCCCAAAAUGCCCUCACUGCUUCCAUUCCACCUCAACUCGGCCAACUUCCCCGUCUGCAGAUACUCUGGCUGUACCGCAAUCAAUUAGAAGGAACCAUUCCUCCCUCUCUUUCCGGUUGCCGCAGUUUGUAUGACCUGGCACUCUCUUACAACCAACUGUAUGGCGGCAUUCCAUCCGAGCUGAGUCUCCUCGCAAGUUUGAGGUUCCUUCGUUUGGGAGUAAACAAUCUCACCGGUACCAUUCCACCGUCUUUCAAAAAUCUCUCCACCUUAGUUACAUUGGAUUUGGGAGAAAAUGAUCUGACAGGUACCAUUACCCCUGAAUUGGGCAUGCUCACUCAACUCCAAGUUCUGCACCUUCAUAGAAAUAACUUGGAAGGAACAAUUCCUCCCACUCUCUCUGCUUGCCGCAGUUUGUAUGACCUGAGACUCUCCUAUAACCAACUUCAUGGCAGCAUUACGCCCGAGCUGAGUCGCCUCACAAGUUUGAAGAUCCUUUAUUUGGGAGGAAACAAUCUCACUGGUACCAUUCCUAGUUCUUUCAAAAGUCUGUCCGGUUUAGUUGAAUUGUCUUUGGAAGAGAAUGAUCUGGCAGGUACCAUUCCCCCUGAAUUGGGCAUGCUAACUCAACUCCAACUUCUGUACCUUCAUACAAAUAACUUAGAAGGAACCAUUCCCAGUCUUCAUGGUCCCAUUCCCCCUGAAUUGGGCCUUCUUAUUCAGCUCCAAGUUCUUUACCUUUAUAAAGACAACUUAGAAGGCACCAUUCCCAGGUCUUUAGGAAAUCUGUCUACCUUGACUGAUUUAGAAUUGUCCCAGAACAAUCUUCAUGGCCCCAUUGCUCCUGAAUUGGGCAUGCUCCCUCAACUCCAGGUUCUGUACCUUAAUAACAAUAACUUAGAAGGAACCAUUCCCUUCUCUUUAACAAAUCUCUCAAAAUUGAGUGAAUUAGAUUCAGAUGAAAACCAGCUUAUUAGACAUAUUCCAUUGGAAAUUGGUACCAAGCUCUCUAAUUUGCAAAUUCUCAGUUUAUGGGGAAAUCGGCUUAGUGGAAACAUACCAAACUCCCUUGGAAAUUGUUCCCGUCUCACAAUACUAUAUUUAAAUACAAACAAACUCAGUGGAACGGUUCCGAUGGAGCUGGGUAAGUUGAACCUUCUUAACUGGCUCUACCUACACACCAAUCAACUGGUUAGUGACGGCAGUAAUACAUUGUCCUUUCUCACUGCUCUCACAAACUGCUCCUACUUGCAAGAAUUAGAAGUGUCGUUUAACCGUCUGACUGGUGAUUUGCCUCCUUCCAUAGGCCAACUGUCUUCCAAAUUCUAUUACUUGGAUUUAUCAGACAACAUGAUAAGAGGAAGCAUACCACAGCAGAUUACCAAUCUGACAAACUUAACCUACUUAGAUUUAAGCAAUAAUCUUUUUAGCGGCAAUAUUCCAUCUGGAAUUAAAAGAUUCCGCAAGUUGGAAAGAUUGUAUUUGGGUGGGAACAUUUUAAAAGGAAGCAUUCCUAGUGAGAUAGGUCAAAUGCAACAUCUCGGACUCUUAAAUCUCAGUCACAACCAGUUAUCUGGAAAAAUACCAGAUUCUCUUGGUAGCCUGCAAGACCUAAGACGUCUUCAUCUUGAUCACAACAAAUUAUCAGGAGAAAUUCAUGUUAGUUUAGAGGGAUGUAAGAAGUUGGAGCUCCUUGACUUGUCUUACAACAAACUAGGGGGAAGGAUACCUCGUGAAGUCAUUGCCAGCCUUGGAAACCUGCAAUUCUACCUCAGUUUUUCAUGGAAUUUUCUGGAAGGGUCCUUGCCGCAGGAGAUUAGUAAAAUUGUAAUGGCUCAAGCCAUAGACAUCUCUGGAAAUCGACUUAAUGGGGUGAUUCCAAAUUCUCUAGGAGACUGCGCAGCAUUAGAGCAUCUAAAUCUGUCCCACAAUCAUCUUAAAGGUCGAAAACCAGAUUCGCUCUCCAAAUUAAAAAAUCUCCUAUAA